UGAGAACUCCCAAGAACUGUGAUAAGUUCAGCCGUCAGCAAGCCUGGGGGUACCAGAGGCUUUCUAAGAACAGUGGAAAGCAGAGGAGCUCUCACAGCUUGCCUGAGACCCCUAUUAAGGAGAGCUUGAGACCUGACUUGUGUGUUGCUGGGCUCGGAGGUACAGACUGUCAUCUCACUAGCGAUAAACAAUAUCUAUCCGCCCCAGGUCUGCCACCCCACAAUCCCCAGCAAUCCCCAGCAACAGCCAGGUCUGCUCCAGUCUCAAGUCCCCUAAAUUUGAAAUGCAGACUCUCUUGCGGUCAGCUGGUUCCCAGCCUGGAGCAUAGAGCUUGCUUGUCACAGCAUCUAAAGAUAGGGUACCACACAGGAAACCAGAUGCUAUUGGCUAACUUCGAAAAUAAAGAUGCCCUCAUAGAGAGGGAAGCGCUUGCCUCUGGUGGAGUCUGCGUGGGACUUGGUGAGUGGCUGGCACUUCCUGCAGAAGUUCCCGACCCCUCUGCUCAGGACCUCACCAUGCCCACCUCCUUCCCCGAACAGGAUCUGGAGAAUUUUGAGUAUGAUGAUUCUGCUGAGGCCUGUUAUUUGGGCGACAUUGUGGCCUUUGGGACCAUCUUCCUGUCCGUCUUCUACGCCCUUGUCUUCACGUUCGGUCUGGUGGGAAAUCUGUUGGUGGUCCUCGCCCUCACCAACACCCGGAAGCCCAAGAGCAUCACCGACAUCUACCUCCUGAACCUGGCCUUGAGCGACCUGCUCUUUGUGGCCACCUUACCCUUCUGGACUCACUACCUCCUCAGCCACGAGGGCCUCCACAAUGCCAUGUGCAAGCUCACGACCGCCUUCUUCUUCAUCGGCUUCUUUGGGGGCAUAUUCUUCAUCACCGUCAUCAGUAUCGACCGGUACCUCGCCAUCGUCCUGGCCGCCAACUCCAUGAACAACCGGACAGUGCAGCACGGCGUCACCAUCAGUCUGGGCGUCUGGGCGGCGGCCAUCUUAGUGGCGUCACCCCAGUUCAUGUUCACAAAGAGAAAGGACAAUGAAUGCCUGGGUGACUACCCUGAGGUCCUGCAGGAAAUCUGGCCCGUGCUCCGCAACUCGGAAGUCAACAUCCUGGGCUUCGCCCUGCCCUUGCUAAUCAUGAGCUUCUGCUACUUCCGCAUCAUCCAGACGCUGUUUUCCUGCAAGAAUCGAAAGAAAGCCAGAGCCAUCAGGCUCAUCCUCCUCGUGGUCGUUGCCUUCUUCCUCUUCUGGACACCAUACAACAUUGUGAUUUUCCUGGAGACUCUCAAAUUCUACAACUUCUUCCCUAGUUGUGACAUGAAGAGGGACCUGAGGUUGGCCCUCAGCGUGACGGAGACAGUGGCGUUCAGCCAUUGUUGCCUCAACCCCUUUAUCUAUGCCUUUGCUGGGGAAAAGUUCAGAAGAUAUCUGAGACACCUGUACGGGAAGUUCAGGGCCGUCCUGUGUGGUCACUCUGUCCCUGCCAGCUUCUCGCCAGAGCCCCAGAGGAGCAGGCAGGAUAGCAUUCUCAGCAGCUUCACUCACUACACAAGUGAGGGGGAGGGGUCUCUCCUGCUCUGAAGGGACCUCCCCACCCUAACUUCACUAAGAAAACCCAGAGUUCUUACGUUUGACUCUGUGUAAUGAAGGCAGAUCCCCCCCACUGCUCCCCCUGCAUCUUAUGUGCAAGAAAUAUGGACCAGAUGCCUGCAAAUCAACCCCAUGGUGUUUUUGAAAAAUUUAUGUUCAAUGUGUGAAAACACACAUGUAUCUCUUACUGCAAAUGUUGAACCUUGGGGCUUACCGGUGACAAAGAUUUUAACCAGAUUAGUGCAGUUACAAAGAGGUUGAUGAGUUCUGGUUGCACGAUCAUGUGGUAAAGGCUGACUAAGUCCUCAGACUGAGUGGAAACCAAAGCUUGGAUCCAAUGUCCCCUCUCUGACUAAGUCCUCAGACUGGAAAUCAAAGCUUGGAUCCAAUGUCCCCUCUCUGACUAAGUCCUCAAACUGAGUGGGAACCAAAGCUUGGAUCCAGUGUCCCCUCUCUGACCUACAGAUCCUUCAUAAUGACAGAUCAUCCAAGCUUUAUCAUCAGAGAAGGACCUUAUCUCUCUCUGAUUUCAAAAUCGGCAUUCCUAGGGAACGCCUCCAUUGGCCGAGUGUGUUGGGGGCCCAUUCCUUGACUAGGUGGUGUUAUUGAAAUAGAAGGCAUACCUAAGAAGUUGUUGGAAUCUCAAGGUUAGCUGUUGAGAGAGGCAUAUCUCUAAGAAGUUGGAGGGUAGGAGCUACUCUGACAACAAGAAUGGCUCAUCCUUACAGUGGAGCUCACUCAGGCUCUCCCUCAGUCACUAGCAGUGUCUACUGCCAGCUUCUUCUUUAAGCCUCUCCAGUAUGUCCUGAACUCUCCAAGGAUUAGGGUUUGGGUUACUGCCCAUGGCAUCAAAUGCAGUCUCAAGGGCCUGCCCUCCAAGACCAGGAAGGUAGGCUGCAGUUCUAACAAGAGACUCCAUGCUGACUCCUCAUUCCCAUGGAACUCCGCCCACAUGGUUGGCCAGGUCCCUUCUCUUUGUCUUCACCCACAUCCCUUCACUCCUCUCAGUCUAGGAGGAGAAAUAGAAAGAGCCAUGCCCCAGAGUGAAGGGAUAGAUUCAUAUCCCAACUCUGUUGCUUGCACACUGGGAAGACUGGAGCCAAUGGAGCUUCAGUCCCCUCAAUAUAGAAAGGGGACUGUGGCGCCUUCAUCCAUUCUAGCAUAGCACAUCAGCCAGGACUUUAGCAUUCCCUGGACAGGCAUUGUUGCCCUGCCUCUGAGAAAUGGAGCAGGUGGAGUGGGAGGAACCUGCAGGCUUUGCUGCAGGACACAGCCAGACAAGAGUCUCCUCAACAUGUCCUAGAUCUACAGAGCCAUUCCCAUCUCCCCACUGUUAGGGCAAGACCCAGGCCAUGACAGCAGCUUGCUUUCUCCCCCGAGCCCGCAAGCAUCACAUAGGAUCUAACCACAGGAAUUUCUUCAUGCAUCUCUGACUCAGGUCUCAUUUAUAGGCUUCCAUUGAGAGUGCCAGUUCUGUAACUUGCUUUUUAAAAAACACUGGAUUUCCAACAGCUCUCUGUCCCUGUGUUGAUCAUAAUAACCAUUUCAGAAGUCUCUCUCAGAUGGUGGCCCCAUUGAGGAAGCUGUGGCCUGUUGUUCAUUGAGGCAUGUCUGAUGUCUCCUUGGCAGUCUGUAUGUUUGUGUCGAGGAUGACAGACAGACUGAGUCAUGUCCCCCACAGGCAUGUCCAGCCCUCUGUCAUUGCAACACGACACUGUCAUAUACAAAGGUCACAACUGAGAACCGCAAAAUUGAGUUACCAAAGUGGGGGCCUGGAGAGAUGGCUCAGUGGUUAAGAGCACUGGUUGCUCUUCCAGAGGUCUGGGGUUGGAUUCCCAGCACCUACAUAGUGGCUGUAACUCCAGUUCCAGAUUACUCAACACCCUCUUCUAAUUUCUGAGGGCACCAGACAUGUGCAUUGUGAACAGAUGUACAUGCAAGCAAACACCCAUACAUAUAAA